AUGAAUUGCAUUUAUCAUAUUAGAAAUCCAAUUUUGUUGAUAUGCAAAGCUCCUCAUAAGUGCGAAUUCUAAAGGAAACUUUGUGUUGAAUGCCAAUAUGUACAUGGAGUAGAUUUUAAACAUACUGUUCCCAUAAAAAUAUUUCAAGAAAUGGCUAUCAAGAAAUUAACAGACCCCAAGCUUGAUGGUACAUCAGAAUUAACCAAAUAGAGAAUGGCCUUUAAAACCUUGAUCUCUUAAACCGAAUAAAUUAUGAAGAAAAUUAAGGAAGAAUUUUCAUAAUCUAUCUAACAAGUAUAUGAUAUGAUUGAACAGGAAAACUAAUCAUAU